AUGCCGGCUCAAGCCCCCCCAAAUCACGACCGCCCGACGGCGUCGGCGGAAAAGCAUGCGGCGUGUGCGCACGAGCCGCCGGCUGACGUGGAGCCAGCGUCACCGAGGCCCUCUUCACGGGCCUCCUCUAGGCCCCCGACGCCCCAUCGGUCCGGGAGCAACCGCCCUUCGAAACGGCCUCGGUCGCGCACGCCAAAGCGGUCGGCGGCGGAGGGACUCGGGCCGCUAGAGCCCCCGGCGCACCCCACCCUACGCACCUUGAGCUUUUGGUUCGCCGCCGUGGAUAACGCCGGGCUGCGGCUCAAACGGCUCGAGAGCUUCCCGAAGCACCGGGCCAUCUUCGCCAACAUCGUCCGGGCGCUGGACCGGAUGCAACAGGCGUUUGAUUUCAAGCUCAUGUACCACGCGACGACGCAUCCCGCGGCUCGGGAGCUCCUGCGGUGGCUCGCGGCUCGGAUCAAGCAACUCGCGAAGGGAACAGUCGAAAUGUCACCUGCAGAAGUGGAUACGUGGAAUGGGCUGGUUAAGGCCGUUCCGCCGGGUCUCCUCAUCAUGAGAAACGAGUCCCUUCUUGCGCUUGAGCAGGUUAUGUUCGACUCAAAGCUCAUGCGCGCAGCCGCAGCCACGUACUCCGAGCAUGUGCGCAUGGCGCCGGGUGCAUGA